UCUUCUUUCAUUACCCUUCUCCAAAGCAACCUCUCUGUCUCCCAAAAAAUUAAAAAAAAUCUGAUUAAUUAUCAACUGUCGAUCCGAAGAUGAACGAUGGAGAAGAGGCAGUGCGUCGCCGCAACGUCGUCAGCGAGUACCGGAAAAAGCUCCUCCAGCACAAGGAGCUUGAUUCCAGAGUCCGAGCAGUGAGGGAUAAUCUGCGUGGUGCAAAAAAAGAGUUUGCUAAAACUGAAGAUGAUUUGAAGUCUCUUCAGAGCGUCGGGCAGAUCAUUGGAGAAGUUCUUCGUCCUCUCGACAAUGAGCGAUUGAUAGUCAAAGCUAGUAGUGGCCCCAGAUAUGUUGUUGGCUGCCGUAGUAAAGUAGAUAAGGAGAAAUUGACAGCAGGAACCAGAGUUGUUCUUGACAUGACAACCCUGACAAUCAUGCGAGCUCUUCCACGCGAGGUUGAUCCGGUUGUGUACAACAUGCUUCAUGAAGAUCCUGGCAAUGUUAGCUACUCUGCUGUGGGUGGCUUGUCUGAUCAAAUCCGGGAACUCAGGGAAUCUAUCGAGUUGCCUCUCAUGAAUCCUGAACUCUUCAUUAGAGUAGGGAUCAAACCGCCGAAGGGUGUUCUCCUUUAUGGUCCUCCUGGAACAGGCAAAACACUAUUAGCCAGAGCCAUUGCUAGCAAUAUCGAUGCUAAUUUUCUCAAGGUUGUGUCGAGUGCGAUAAUUGAUAAAUACAUUGGUGAGAGUGCUCGAUUGAUCCGGGAAAUGUUUGGAUAUGCACGCGAUCACCAACCUUGCAUAAUUUUCAUGGAUGAAAUUGAUGCCAUUGGUGGACGCCGUUUCAGUGAGGGAACAAGUGCAGACCGUGAGAUCCAGAGGACACUAAUGGAAUUGCUUAAUCAGCUGGAUGGCUUUGAUCAGCUCGGAAAGGUUAAAAUGAUUAUGGCGACAAACCGACCCGAUGUUCUGGACCCAGCACUGCUCCGUCCAGGGCGAUUGGAUAGGAAGAUAGAGAUUCCAUUGCCCAAUGAGCAGUCGCGAAUGGAGAUUCUUAAGAUUCAUGCUGCCGGUAUUGCCAAACAUGGCGAUAUCGACUAUGAAGCUGUUGUAAAACUUGCUGAGGGGUUCAAUGGAGCUGAUCUUCGCAAUGUCUGCACGGAAGCUGGGAUGUCAGCUAUCCGUGCUGAACGAGACUAUGUCAUCCAUGAAGACUUCAUGAAGGCUGUGCGGAAACUGAACGAAGCCAAGAAACUCGAAUCAACUGCUCAUUACAAUGCCGACUUUGGAAAGGAUUAGAACAUACCUUUCCGUUCUCAAGCCAUGGAUGCUGGGGCAGUGCAGUGCCGUUUUCCCAUCAGAGAGAGAGAGAGAGAGAGAGAGAGAGAGAGCAGUCAACCAGCCUGUGUAACACCAGGUAAAACAAAAGCAGUGGGGUUGGUGAGCAGAUGCCGGUACCUCUCUUGCAUGAUGCAGACCUCAAGAUUAACUACUUGGGCGUUUGUCUCAGAUGGUUGUUCUUCUUUUCCAAUAUACAUGAUACAUGGGAGUGUCAGCAUCUUGCUUCAAACAUUAUUAAGAUGUGAGGUUAUGACAAAUCUAUCCAAAUUAAAUUAUAUAGUAGUUGAUGACUCUGUAAGUGAAGCAGGCUUUUACGGUUUGCUAUGGUUUAUUCUUAGUGGAGUUUGUUUUGGUGA